AUGUUUUUGGAGAGUCGCAAUGGUCCAACAAAAGAGUCCAAGAAAGUAAGUGUGUCUGUGGCGUUGGAAAAAGAUGAGGGCUUUGAGAGCUGCAUGCCAGUUAAGGAACCGGUUCUCCCCUCCAUGUUUUCUGAGCCGCAAUGGGACCCCGAAGGGAAUUUUCGCCGAGCUUUGCCGUCUCUGGCGACGCAGAGGGAGUUCAAGUACCAGGUGGACCUUCACGCCUUCGAUGACAAUGGACUGGACGUUCUGCAUGAUGGUUUGGAUAUGCUGUUCACUGAGGGUAUGGUGGUCAUCGGGACGGUGUCUCUGCAUUUCACGCGUGCACGCAAUACCACCAAAGGGGAAAUACGCUCCUUCCAAAUUCAUUGGACAGCUGUUCAUGUUGUUGGUCAGAUCAAGGCGCUAUCCAUCGAGCCUUUGACUGUCGCUUCCUCCAGCAAAAAAAGGUCGGCAGACGGUGAUCAACCUGGACCUGUCAAGAAGUGUGGUCCAUUUUUCACACGUGGCUCUGCGCCCAGUGAAUGUUCAUCUCACACGAUCUCAGAAAAAAGUAACGAUGAUGCAUACGCUUCCUCUGGGAUUGCGGAGAACUUGGUGGUGGAGGAAAAGAUGGCAUCAGAGAAGGAGGUGGUGGUUCAGGUUGAAAAGGGUAAAGGAAAAGAGGAGGACAUCUUCAUGAGAUCUAUUGGCAUCUUUCCUGACACAACUUUGAAUGAUGAAGGAGUAAAAGAGAGUGCUUUGGAUGAUUAA